AUGGCCAGUCCGGAACCCCUGCGCGGCGGGGACGGCGCCCGGCCUGCGAGGGAAGCAGGCACAGAGGCCAGUUCUCCUCUUCAGGACGCCGAAUCUCCGAAGGAGGCCAUGACUUUGAGCCCAGAGGCUACUCUAUCUUUGGAGGGGACUGUGAACCUAGAAGACAUUCUCUAUCUGGGGGACUCAGUGGACUUUGAAGAGAGCCUCUACGUGGAAGAGUCUGAGAAGCCAGAGGAGAUACUAUGUAUCGAUGAAUCGAGGCAGCCGGAGGAGGCUCUGGAUCUGGAAGAGCCGGUGAGUUCAGAGGAGCCCCUGUUUGUGGAGGAGCCUGUGAAACCAGAUGAGGUACAGUUGUCCCAGGAGCCUGUGGAGCCAGCUAAGAACCCAAGCCCCGAGCAGACUGCUUGUGAGGGAGAGAUGGUGGCCCCGGAGGAAAGCCUUCCGGCUCCACCGAUUCCCAGCACAGAGGAGGACCUCAGCAUGGAGGACCUGGAGUUGCUGGAGGGCCGGUUCGAGGAGUGUGUACAGGCUGUAUCCCAGUUGGAAGAGGAGAGGGACCAGCUUAUCCACGAGCUUGUGCUGCUCCGGGAACCAGCCCUGCAGGAGGUGCAGCAAAUCCACCAGGACAUCCUGGCUGCCUAUAAGCUGCACGCCCAGGCCGAGCUGGAGCGGGAUGGGCUCAGGGAGGAGAUCCGGAUGGUGAAGCAGAAGCUGUUCAAGGUGACCAAGGAAUGCGUGGCCUACCAAUACCAGCUGGAGUGCCGUCAGCAGGACGUGGCUCAGUUUGCUGAUUGCAAGGAAGCGCUGAGCACUCGGGCAGCCCAGCUCUCGGGAGAACUCACCCAGCUCCGCGACGCCUAUCAGAAACAGAAGGAACAGUUGCAGCAACAACUAGAAGCACCCCCAGCCCAGAGCGAUGGGCACUUCCUCCAGGAGAGUCGGCGGCUGUCGACACAGUUUGAAAAUCUCAUGGCCGAAAGCCGCCAGGGCCUGGAAGAGGAGUAUGAGCCUCAGCUGCUGCGGCUCCUGGAGAGGAAAGAGGCAGGGACCAAAGCGCUGCAGGACACCCAGGCCGAGAUCCAAAAGAUGAAGGAGGCGCUGAGACCCCUGCAAGCCGAGGCCCGUCAGCUCCACCUUCAGAACAGGAACCUGGAGGACCAGAUCACACUCGUGAGGCAGAAACGUGACGAGGAGGUUCAACAGUACAGGGAGCAGCUGGAGGAGAUGGAGGAGAGGCAGAGGCAGUUACGAAGUGGUGUGCAGGUCCAGCAGCAGAAGAACAAAGAGAUGGAGCAGCUGAGGACCAGCCUCGCUGAAGAGCUUUCGACGUAUAAGAACUCUUUAGAAAUGUAUGGCCGGAUAUGUAACCCAGAAACAACAAAGCAUUUGUAUCAAAGCACCACCAGGGAUGGACUUUUCACCAAACAGGAAAGAGUGCCAGCAGCUGGCAAGCAAUUCAUCCUGUGA